UAACUAGCCUGAGCCUGCACCUCCCAGCCUCUCACCAUCCCUCUCCCCUCUGAGACACGGGUGCUGUGCGUGCAGUCAUGGCGUCCAGCAGCAGCCACCUGGAUGACUUCUCUCUCAAUGUGUUUUCGCUUACUCCUUACACUCCCAGUACCGCUGACAUCCAGGUGUCUGAUGACGACAAGGCAGGAGCCACCUUGCUCUUCUCAGGCAUCUUUCUGGGAUUGGUGGGGAUCACGUUCACAGUCAUGGGCUGGAUCAAAUACCAAAGUGUCUCCCACUUUGAGUGGACCCAGCUCCUUGGGCCCAUCCUGCUGUCAGUCGGGGUGACAUUCAUCCUGAUUGCUGUGUGCAAGUUCAAAAUGCUGUCCUGCCAGCUGUGCAAAGAAAGUGAGGAAAGGGUCCCAGACUCGGAGCAGACGUCAGGAGGACAAUCGUUCGUUUUCACUGGUAUCAACCAGCCCAUCACCUUCCACGGAGCCACUGUGGUGCAGUACAUCCCUCCUCCUUAUGGGUCUCAAGAGCCGAUGGCGAUGAACACCGCUUACCUGCAGUCCAUGGUGAACCCUUGUGGUCUCCUGCCCUCCGGAGGGGCAGCGGGUGCCAUGCCGAGUCCUCCUCAGUACUGUACCAUCUGCCCCCAAGAUAAUGCUGCAUUUGUGGAGAGUGAGGACUACUCUUCCAUCACGGAUGGCAGGAACAGCAGGUCCAGCCUUGGUGCUGACCGGCUAGGAGAGAUGCAGCUGGAAGAAGAGGAUUAUGCUCGCUUCUCCUCUCCUCCUCCCUAUGAGGAAAUCUAUGCCCUCCCUCGCUAAAGUCUUUAUUGCUAAGGGAAUGAGCGCCGAAGUCACUGUGACCUGACAACUGGAACGUUCUAUAUUAUUAUCUUCAGAAGUCAGAGAAGAGCAGUCCAGGCAGCCUCACUGAUAUCUGCCACAUUGGGAAAGGGAAAGGAAACAGUGAGUAAAAGCCUCAGACUGGUAAAGAUUAGGCUGGGUAGGAAAGGUUCCUUCAGAUACAGUGGCAAAUUCUCGCAGGUAAGAAAUCCUCUGUGUAAGGUGCAAGAGCUAGAAUUUUCCUUUUCCCUCAACACUCACCCCCUUCUAUGAGAAGGCAUUGGCGUCUCAGUUUUCACUCCCGCAGCCAAGGGAAAAUCUUGAUUUCUGAGACCUAAAAGCUUCCAGGUGAAAGUACGGGUGGGAAGGAAGCAGGGAUGAGAAAGUAGCUCAAGCAGAGAUUUCCCUGUGCCCGUCCUGGGUCCCAAAGUGAGCCUGCAUAUACCAGACAGCCGGAUUGCUAAGUGGUCUUCCAUAAGGACUCUGGAUAUCAUAAGGGCUGCAAAAUAAAUGAACAAAUAUAGUGGAAUAAGAUAAAGUAAUGUCUCCUGCUGGAAUAGUAUUGGAUAGCUAAGUCUUAUGGGAAGAAGUAUUGAUAGAAUAAUAAUGGGAAUAAAUCUAAUAUGUUCUGGGUAAAUGUUUUGGAUCCAUGAAUAAAAUCACUGAUGUUUUCUCCUGCAAGGCUGAAGCUUUACGCGUGAUGCAUAUGAAUGGGUUCUUGUCUACCCCAGUCCAGGGUCUGUGCUGGGCAUGAACUUGGCACAGCAGCAGACAGAGUCCUGGGGACCUGUGAAAUUAAAGUAGAGCCACUGUGUCAACACUAGAAAGUUGUGCAUUACAAAAACAAUCUUACUAGCUAAGAUAAGCUCACCCUCUGCAUAAAAAGACUGAUGUCCUUCAUCUCCUUGAAUCUAGACUGAAUAAUAAACAACCAUAACAGACCCACUGACUUGAAAAGAGACAGUUUAAAAUCAUUUAGUUUCAAAAUAAAACAUUUUCCUUAGGUUGCAAGGAUAAGGUCACUGAAUGAAGAGUAUCUUACCCUAAAGGAAGAUAUGGGAUUUAGCAAUUCUUUAAAGUUUUGGCACUGAGUUUGUAUAGAGAAUGAUUUUUACUUUCUAUCAGAAUUAUGUAGCUUGUCAAGAAUAUGGGUAAUAUACGUUAGGUGUAUUAUUGUUUCAAUUUACUUUUUACAUUGAGGACUAAUCUUUUUAUUUUCAAGUUGGAUGAUAAAGGAUGGGAAAAUACGGUUCCAUUUAUAGAUUCGGUAUAUUAGCUUUGAUUCCACACGUGCUGACGACACUGGGUACCUAGCUGAGGGCUCCAGGGAGGAAGUUAGGUGACAAGGACUUGAUGGAGCAUCGCUGGUGGCACUCUGACAGGUAGAUGAAUGACAGCACUGUUUCACUCACCAUAUUCCUCCAUCCCCAGCUAUCCCACAAUUUUUAUAUAUAGUGUGCUUAAACAAAUAUGGUCAAUAUUUAAAGUUUUAAAUAUUUAUUACAGUGAAAGAUACAUUGGGGUUACUCCCCCUCAAAAUCUUCCCCUCACCUCAGAUAUACCUAUUCCAUCAUUCUUGUCACCUUCUGAAGCAGUUCUGAAUGCCCUUUUUCAUGUCCUUAGUGGUAUAGUUGUGGCUGCCUUGAUGUCCUAAAUCAAUUAAAAAGUUUUACCUUUGAGAGUCAUUUUGACUUUGAGGAAGAACAAAAAGUUGCAUGGUGUCAAAUCUGGUGAAAAAGGUGGAUGACACAUCAUAACAUUUUGAUUUGACAGAUGUUCCCAUAAAUAAUUGAUCAACGGGCUGAUCAUAAGAUAUGGUGAAUGUUUACAUUAAAGCAUUUAUUACACAUCGCCACUGAAUGUCUCCAAAUACUUCCCCUAGCUUUGGACACAUUAUUCUUGGCAGUGUCUUUUAUGUUAUAUUGUUUUAUUAUUUUUUUUUACCUUAACAUUUACUGUAUCUUUUGACCACCCCUUGUACUUAUAGAUUUGAGUUGCAAUGAACAUCAAGAGAAGCUCAGAAGCUCAGAACGUAUUCAUGAGGGGUACCAUGUGUGGCAGCAGGGGUGUGGGCUCCACUGCUCCUGUCCCUGGUGCCAUCACAAAGGUCUUCUAUGCUCUUAAAGACACUGCUGCAGUCUCCUUAGCUCAUGGUGCAAGUAGGGCCUGUGGCAGUUGGGAUUAGCAAAUGGGCUUUGUGCCUUCACUUCCCAGCUACUUACUGAGCAUUUAGUCUGUGUCAUGAAUAAGGCCGUGACAGAUCAAGUACCUGCCAAUAGCAGAUAUGGCUCUGCCCAUAGAACUUCUCUGGGAAGGGGAGCACAUACUGGUUAAUUAUCUAGAUCACCCAUUCAUUAGCCUCCGGUACCCAUGAGGGGUCCUGGAACUCUAAAAGUCAUAAAACUUGCCUGGAGAUGGGCAGUCAGAGAUAUUCCUUGGUAAUCCCAGUGAGUGUCAUUCACAGGGACAGCCAAGUGGCUGGGGGCAGAUGGCCUGUAAAGACCAUGCUUGGACCUGGAGGACCUGUGGCUGCCUGCUAGACAAGGAAGAGAAGGCAGCAUCAUGGUAGGAGCAGUGUGGCAAGGGACCAUAUGAAGCAACAUAGAAGGCACCUUGUGGGUUGUACAAGCUUAGUACCCAGCUGCCACCACCCUCUCAUCCUCUCACAGAAUGCACCCAAAAAUCACACUCACUGGCUUUCAAUCCUGCAUUGUAUCUUUAUUUGAGGGUUUCAGAGGCCGGCCUUGAUGUCCUGACUAGCAAGAUGAUGUUCCCAAUAGAAUUUCCAUCUUGUCAUCCAGAUAGCUGCCUCUGGUCACUCUCUCAACACUUUGUGGGGUGCAGGUGUGAGACUGAAGGGGGAUAGUGAGCUGUGGUCAGUCUCUCGGCCCGCUGCCCAAGCGUAGAGGGGAGCAGUGCCGGCCUGAGUCUGAGGUCUUGCAGAACUUGUCUGCCUUGUCAGACAUUUCAGGCUUUGUCUGAAUAGGUAGGUGUGUUUAUGAAGAAGCAGAUACCAUCAGAUUUUGGAUACUCAGUGGUUAGAGCACCGCCCAGAAGUCAUAUAUGGAUGGAACAGUGAUCUUGCUAGGUGAAUUCAGAGCUAAGUGACUAGAACAUGCCCUGGGAGCCUGUACUUGCUCUCCUUUCCUCUUGGCCUCCAGGGUGGCCCUGUGGCUGAGCAAUCUACAGAGAAUUUAGAAUGCUGCUAAAAAUUCUGUUAAUCACCAGAAAUGAUUUCUGUUGCUGUUGUUAGUUUGCUUUUUGAGACAGGGUCUCUCUAUGAAGUUCAGGCUGGCUUUGAACUCACUAUAUAGCCCAGGUUGGCUUCAAAUUCAUGGUGAUCCUUCUGCCUUAGCCUCCAGAAUGCUGGAAUACAGGUGUGUGCCACCAUACCUGGCCAGGAAAUGACUUUUUAAAGAACUUCACAUAUCUGCAAACAUCUUCCAGCAGCUGACUGGGCUAGGGCUUCUGGCUGGUAAGAGUUCAAUCCCUGGUACCGAUUUAAAAUAAAGAAAGAACAAUACAUGAAACCCUAUGUGGCCACCAUCCAACUUCAGUGAUUAUCAACUUGUAGACCCGUGCGCUAUCAAUUAAAUUUUAUAAAGUAAAUCCAAGCCAUCAAAUUAUUUUAUCCUAAAAUAUUUAAUAGCUCAUCUUUACAAUAUAAGGACUCAAAAACAAUUACAACACAAUUAUCCCACCUAAAAAUUUUACAGUAACUUUAACAUCAUCAGAUAUUUAGCUGGAAUUCGAUUUCCCCAAUCUUUUUGUCUCUUAUUUUCUCUUUGGCUUGGAUUAAAGCCAAACAAGAUUUUUGCUAAAUGCAUUCCUAAAUUUCUAGUUGUUUUAUACUCCUUUUGGGGAGGCAGUUUGCAAAUUCAUGACAGUAGAUUUGUAUUUAUUAAAUUUUAUAUUAUUUCCUUUAAAUUUCCUCUGUCAGAUCUAUGAAAGUCUAGGACCACAGUAGAAUUAUCCCCCUCUAGAAUUAAAUUUUUUUCCACUAUUAGCAUGUUAUGUUUUCUUUUCUAAAAAAGGGCUUAAAAAUAUAUUAAUAAAGAAAGAUCUUUGAGGAUAUAGUUGAGAAUUUUUGGUCACAGUAUAGCUUCAAGAAUAUCAGAAGACUUUGAUAAUCUUGUAUGUUUUUUGCUUGGUUGGUAAAGCUUUUAAUAGGAAAAUGUUUUUCCUUAAAACCUCGUUUGAAAAUCCCAAAAGCAGGAACUGGAUCUCAUCUUUAAGAAAUAAAAAAGCAAAGUCUUUUGCUCUGCAUUAAAAUAUUACUUGAUACAAUUUAACUCUCAGAGGUUACUGACCAUGGGUCUCUUACCAGUGAAUUCUCAACACUCCUCAAAUUAGAAAAGAAUGUGUUUUCUGGACAUGUCUACCACUCUUCCUUUGAAGUUGGAAAUGUGUGUGUGCACACGUGUGUAUUCAGCUACAUGCUCUUAUUAUAGAAUAUGAUUUAUGGAUUUCUUCCCCAUUUACUACUUGUAAAUCACCAAGAUUUUUAUGUCCCAAGCAGUCAGCAGUUGGUUAUAAAAUCAACAGAAAGCUGUACUAAAUAAACCUUUACUGGAUUGCUCUUAAAGAAUUGAUGACAUUCUGAAAGUGAAGACAACUCUUCAGAAAUAAUUCUCACCCACUUCUGGAAAGCCAAAAAGGUCUCAGGGAAUUUUGCUUGCCUUAAGCUUUUAAGAAGAUGAAUUACAAGAUGAACUGGUAAGAAAAUCCAUUUCCUAGGACGCAGAAGUUUUCUUGUAACAAAGAAUUUGCCCAGUGUUGCAAAACUUAAACUUGCGUAAAUUAUAGAUACAAAAAAUGUGUUCUAAAGUCUGCUGUAUACUUAGAUGUUAAAAGAUAUAGAUCGUCUUGUACUAAACCCUGCAUUAUUUUAAAUGAACAUAAUUUUAAAAGUGAGUAUAUCUAUUCAUGUAUGUAUUCAUUUCUGUGCAUGAAAACUUUUUAAACAGAGAACAUACACUUGGAACUAAUUAUUUUUGGGGUGGAGGAUGGAUGACUCAUGUCUGACUUUAAUCUGUGGUGAUUAAUCAGUUGUUUAUACCUGAUGUGUAUAUUACCUAUCCAUAACAUUUUUAGAAUACAGGAGAAAGAGAAGGAAAUGAACUCUCUCCUUGCACUUCUGUUCAGCUCAUUUUCUCGAGUCAACCUCAUCUUGAGUCCUAGAGUAAAAAAUGUUCAUUGCCCCUACUCUUAAUAUGUGCACAGAUGAACACGCAAGACACGAGACACAAAAGCGACGUGACUGCGUGCAUCUGUGUGUGCAGACGCUGCACGUAAUCUGAGAGGCGCGAAGUCCCCGGCGCAGGAGCAGAGCCGUCCCGUGCAGGAAAGGCCUUCGGGUGCUGUACAGGGCUCCGGUUCCCCGGGGCAAGGUCCAGAGCAAGAGCCCACACCCUCGAAGUCCGGGUCAGCUUACUUGCAGGGCCGGGUCUGAGAGUUUCUGAACCCCGCCCAGCCCCACGGCCACACCCUGGAAAGCCAUUCAGGGCAGUUUGCGGUGACGGGAGCCCGCACCUUUGUACCCCGGGCCGAGCCGUGGGAGGAGCCCGGGUGGCCGGAUCCUGCGCAGCAGAAGCAGCAGGACGCUGCCGACAGGGGGCGUCCGGUCCCGGACCCUGCCGCCCAUUUGUCCCCUUCCACCUGGACUCUGGUUUGGACUCCUCCGCUUGGACUCCUCGGGGUCUCUGCUCCCUCCACAGCCUGCACAGGCCUCACACAAACGCUCUGGCCAUUUGCCUGUCCCCUCCCUCCCGCACCCCAGUGCUUCUCUGGCCCUUGGCUGGCUGCGGGUGUGCAGCUGGAUCACUUCUCUGGGUUCUGUUAGGCCCGGCACUUCUUUCCACCCUGGCGUUGGUUUUCUUCUGGGAAGGAGUAGGCGGCUCUGAUCUGAUCCCUCCCCAGAAGCUCACACCCCAACGUGUCGCGCGGGGGGGGGGGGGGCUCCCUGGUUCUAUCGCAGAGUCCCCUGGAAACCUCUUCUCAAAGGACUGUGCAGUCCAGUGGGCCUGGCAUCUCCCUUUCCCUCGCCCCAGAAAGAACCCCUUCCCUGGAUUUAAAAGACUAACUUCUUUUCCGUGGCUGUUGUGGCAGAGAAUUCUAUUUGGACAACCCACAUUUACUCACUAAUUUUAGUAGUUGUCAAAGUAUGGUCCACCUGUUUUGGAGUGGGGCGGGGUAGGGAUUGCAAGGUCAAGGUAAUUCUAAAACGUCAUUCACCUUUCUAAUUCUGUGAACAUUUGCACUGGUGGUGCAAAAGCAGUAGCACUGAUGGCUUGUUGCAAGCAAUAGCACAAUGCCCUGCUCCCAGAGGCCCCCUCCUGAAACCCGUUAACACUGCUUCAUUUGGGAAAAGGGUCUUUACAAAUGUGAUUAAUUAAAGCAUCUUGAGAUGGGGUGAUUAACCAGGACCGUCUUUGUGGUCUGUAAGGGUGACCACAUUAUCUCCUCCAAGAAAGAGACACAGGGAUACUUUAUAGACAGAAGAGAGAAGACCACAUAAAGACAGAGAUUGGAGCACUGGCAGCCACCAGCGAAGGAAUGCCAGCAGCUACCAGAGCUGAAAGAGACAAGGGACAGACUCCUGCGGCCUCCGGAGGGAGUGUGGUCAUCCUUCUGAUUUGAGACUUCCUGCCUCAACUGUUGUUUUUAAGUUACCCAGUUUGUGGCAAUGUGUUACAGGGGCCAUAGAAAACCAAUACAAAUGCCACACGGUGUAGCAGUAAUUUUAUUCUUCACCAAGGGUAAGAAUCUGCUCAAAGGGAGAGGGGGGAAAAUAACUCGGAAAAAGAGAAAAAAAAAAAAAAAAAGG